AUGAGACCGAGCGCUGUGAAGGUUGAAAGUUAGUAGAUAGGUUAGGUGAAUGGACGUCAUCCUCAAUAGAUACGCCCAGACGGUUUUUAAAAGCCCAGAAAUUGCAUAGUUAACAGAUAGAGGGGAUUGUGAGGGAGACCGCUAAGCUAGGCUUAUCUUUGACGCCAUCUUCAUCUUCCAAAACCUUUGAGCGCAAAUGGAUUCCAAUCACCAAAUGGCGGAGAACCAAGACCUUAUAGUCGAGGAAGAACAGAACCCACUUGCCGUAGUGCCGUCCAAAGAAACCCACGUGCCUCCAUUUGCUACUGCCUCACUCUCUCUUUCUCUGUCUGCUAUUCUCCCCUCUCACUUUUUCGCGCAACCCAACACUUCUGCCGUAUUCUCGUCGCACCCCAGCAAGGUUAAGGUCCCUACGCAGGCUUCCUCACUCACACACCUUUCUCUUUCCACUACUUCUUCUCCUUCGCCUUCUAAAAUCUCCUUUAAGUCCACCAUCUCGGCCAAUCCCCUUCAGAAUCCUCUUACUUUGGGUCCUCACCGCCCCUUUGAUCCUUCCAAUGGGGCUGCAAUUCGUCGAGCUUCCAUUGUAUGGUUCCGCAAUGAUUUACGCGUCCACGAUAACGAAUGCCUUAACUCCGCCAACAACGAAUCCAUGUCGGUCUUGCCGGUUUAUUGUUUUGAUCCCAGAGAUUACGGGAAAUCAUCUUCUGGGUUCGAUAAGACCGGGCCAUACCGUGCCACAUUCUUAAUCGAAUCGGUCUCGAACCUUCGCAAGAACCUUCAGGCGAGGGGGUCUGAUCUUGUGGUCAGAAUUGGGAAGCCUGAGACAGUAUUGGUUGAGAUGGCCAAGGCGAUUGGCGCUGAUGCUGUGUACGCGCACAGGGAGGUUUCCCACGACGAGGUUAAGGCGGAGGAGAGAAUUGAGGCGGCAAUGAAGGAAGAAAAUGUGGAGGUUAAAUACUUCUGGGGUAGUACUUUGUUCCAUGUUGAUGACUUGCCUUUCAAAUUGGAAGAUAUGCCCACGAACUAUGGAGGAUUUAGGGAGAAAGUUCAAAAGUUGGAGAUAAGGAAGACAAUUGAGGCAUUGGAUCAGCUGAAGGGACUGCCAUCUCGAGGAGACGUGGAACCUGGGGAUAUUCCCUCCUUAAGGGACCUUGGCCUAAAUCCAUCAGCGACAAUGGCACAGAAUGGGAAGUCAGCUGCUAAUACUUCUAUGGUAGGAGGGGAGACUGAAGCAUUGCAGAAGCUCAGAAAAUUUGCAGCUGAGUGUGAAGCUCAACCACAGAAGGGGCUUGCAGAUGGCAAACAAGGUAGUAUAUACGGUGCCAACUUCUCCUGCAAAAUUUCUCCAUGGUUGGCAAUGGGAUGCCUCUCCCCUCGCACAAUGUUUGGUGAACUACAGAAGACUUCCAGCAGAACAAUUCCCGCCUCAUCAAGCCAAAACAAUGGCGGCGGCGGCGGCAUAUCCAAUAAUGGAACAAAUUGGUUGAUGUUUGAGUUGUUAUGGAGGGACUUCUUUAGGUUUAUUACCAAGAAAUACAGCUCAACAAAGAAGCAGCGUGAAGGCGCUCCAGCGACAGCAUGUACGGGUGCACUUGCUUAAGCUGUGGGUCGCUUCUGGCGUAGAUGUAGCUGGGGACUUGGCAGAGUGGUUGUAUGAAACAAAGAAAUUUGGUUCUGCUGCUGCGAACCCUAUUCUAAUUGUUGGCGAAUAAGUUGCCUGAGUAUCCAACCUUUUCUUUUUUUGAUAUUGUACUUGAUCAUUCUGUUCAUAGCACCUCUUAUCUUAGCUCCAAUUUUCGCCUCUCUUCCUUCACUAGUAUAGUUUUAUCAGUAUGUUCUUGAGAAGAUUUCCCUUUCCUUGUUGUAAUGUGAAAUGUAUUCCAUCUUGAA